CAAUAAUCAAUCAUGGAAGAUAUUGCGACUUCUGAAAUUCAGGUCUAUGACCUCUCCACCAAGACAGUCAAUUUGACGCCUACGGGAGCAACCGUAGUCCGGGAGAUCACCACGAAGAUCCAGCCCGGCCUGAGUGAAAUCACUGUUUUGGGCCUCGACCCUAAGAUCGAUGUCGACUCCAUCCGCAUCGAAGGCUCUGGUCCAGCAACUAUCACUGACAUUCAGACUGAGAUAGUCCCUCGACGGCUUCUCUUUGAGGAUGUCUAUGGAGGCGAGCCGGACGACGACGAUCUUAGUGACAAUGACGAUCCCAAGUUGAAGUCCCUUCGGGAUGAGCGGGCAAGCGCGGAAGAGAGGCUCGAAAAAGCUCGCAACAACGAAAAAAUGGCGGUGCAGGUGCUAGGUUUCAUGGACUCUUACGGAAACAGAAUGCAGCCUCAGCACACGGAGAACAGCAAAUUGGAGGAGUUCGUCGAGCAGUAUAUCGAGCGGUAUGCGACGGAGAGUGAAAGGCACAGCAAGGCAAAGGCGCAAGUGUCAAAAGAAGAGAAGGAGAUCGAGUCACUCUCGGUUAAAAUACUGAAGGUUGAGCAACAACUUCAGCGACGUCGCGACAAAAGCUUGCGCGAGCGUGAGCAGGGAAAGUCGCAGGAAAUGCGCAAGAGAGACGAGCAACGACGUUUCUGGACGCAAUCUGUGGGACAGGUCGUCGUGCACCUUGACAGCCAGUCAUCACUCACGCCCGGAUCGAGCCGACGCAGUUCUCUCUCUGUUGUCGAGCAACCGACCGACAGCCCAGCAGAUUCCAGCGAGAGAGAAGUCACCCUGCGUCUGAGCUACGUCGUCCCUGGUGCGAAGUGGUUCUCCCGCUAUGAGAUGAACAUCAACACUCCUUCGUCGACCGCCCGAGUUACAUACGGCGCAGAGUUCCAGAACCGAAGUUCCGAAACCUGGAGUGACACCAAGGUCAUUCUGUCGACAUCGCAGACCGCAUUCUCAGGGCUUCACGAGAACAUUCCCUCUCUGCAGGUCUGGCACGUCAAGCUGAUCAGCCAGGAUGAUAGCAACGAACAGCCUUCGUGGGAAAAGAUUGUUCGCAGCGUGUCCGAGGGAGGACGACCAGCUGUGGACCAUCGCACUGCCAAUCAGGAUUUUAAGAUGCAGUCACAGCGUUUGGAACAACAGAAAAAACGCAUUCUCUUAAUGGCACGUCAGGACCCUAAUGUACUGACGCGAGAGCCUCUACAAGCAGUGAAAGUACCUCCGCAGCCUGCAGGGCCCCCAACCCUCUUUAGGCGGCAACCGGCACCUAUGGCAAUGAUGCAGCAAGCCGCACCCAUGGCAUCCGCACCUAUGGCAGCUCAGCAACUAGCGGCCAAUGUCUAUGAGGAUAACGAUGACGAUGGCAACAACAACGAAGAUAAUGAAGACAAAAUUCUCCAACCCCCAAACCUUGAAUACCAAGACUCAACCCGUCAAGAAUACGGCCUAACAACAACCUACAACCUCCCCGGCCGCCGCACCCUUAUUCCCUCCAGCGUCAACCGGCGCCACGCCCUCACCAAACUCGACCUCAAAUCCAUACUCCUCCAACAUGUCAUCGUCCCCAAGCACCGCGCUGCCGCCUUCUUCCGCGCCCGCAUUCGCAACACCUCGUCCAUCCAGAUCCUCCGCGGCCGCGUGGGCGUGACUGUCGACAACGCCUUCCUCGGAACGACAACUAUGCCCAACUGCGGGCCAAAUGACUUCUUCGAUAUCUCGCUAGGGGUGGACCCCUCGAUUCUGGUUACCUACGCAAAGCCCACGGUGCGCCGCGAAACUAGCGGAUCUUUCUUCAGCAAGGAAGACACGGCGAUUUUCUCGCGCUGCUGCUGGGUGAAAAACACCAAGGCCACCGCUGCCAACAUCGUUGUGCUCGACCAGGUGCCCAUGAGCAACGACGAGAAGCUGUAUAUGGCGAUUCUAGAGCCCAAGGGACUUGUUAAGGAGGGUGAUAAGGUCCCCAUGGUGGAGGAGGAAAGCAAGGGCAACGGAGAGGUAUUUUUAGGCAAGGAUGGGGGAGUCAAAUGGGUGAUGCGGUUAGAGCCUGGGAAGGAUCUCCGGUUUGUGUUAGAGUAUGAGAUGAAGGUGCCAAGAGGGAAUGAUGUUAGCGUUUCUUGAGUGGUGAUUCUCGCUAACGUGGAUUGCUACUCUGAUUUUGUGAGCGGCCUACAAUCUGAGGAGGAACAGUUACGAUAUUAUGAUUCUAUUUCGACCCUUGUAGUCACGAGACGUUCUUAAAUAGAUAGCUUGGAAAUGAAACAUGGACACACUGACAACAUGAGUAAAAUGGCGUGACCUGUAGUACCAUUAGGAAGUCCCGCAUACAUACCCUUAGACCAAUGUUAUU